AUGCAAGUAAUAACCUCUGAUAAAAUUGGUUUAAUCCAAUAUAUAAAAUGUACUGCGGGGAAUUCUAUAUUUGAACAAAAUCUCCCUGCUGAUUUAAAUAGAAAAAUUAAUAACAUGACAUGGUCCGGGGGAUAUGGAGGAUAUGAAGAAUCCGAAAUAACCAUAUGCAGAGAAAAUGGUCUUGUGGAAUCAUUUCAGUUUUAUGAAAAUGCAGAAAACCCACAUGUUAGUGAUACAGCAUCUCUAUCUUUCCUAAGUUGUAGUAACUGUAUUUAUACAAGAAUGCUAAAUCAUCAUCAUAAUGUAAUAUAUGAAGAUAUAUUAAAUGAACACAAAGAUAAAUAUGCAAACUAUUUAAACUUUAUGCCUGUAUAUAAUAAUAACGAAAAAGUAAAAAAUGGUAUUUAUGAAGAUUAUUUACUCAAUAGUAGAUUAUUAGUUACUGUUAAUAGUACUGGUCAUGUUCAUGUGUUAAAUUGGGAACAUGACGAAUCUUCUAAAUAUUACUUGAACGAUACGUUAUAUAAAAAUGAAAUAAAAAAUGAAGACAUACAAAAAAAAAUGCAACUUUAUUGUGAAAAUUAUAAAAAGGAUGUAUUAAAUAAAAUUCAAUAUAAAAAGAUUGAUGACAAAGAUAAUAAUAAUAAUAAUAAUAUUAUUAUUACAAAUAAUGAAUAUGAACAUGUUAAUUUACAAAAAAUUUGUAAAGAAUAUCAUUAUAAUAAUAUGAUAGCAAAAGAAAAUAUAUUACAAUCAUACAUUCUAAGUAAUCCAAUAAAUGCAGCAUGUGUUAAUGAAUUAUUAACAAAUAGACUAGCUAUUGGAGGAUAUAAAAAUUGUUUAAAAGUUUUCGAUUUAUUUACUGGCACAUAUCUUUGGAAAUCAAAAGGAUUAGGAGUUAGUUUAUUACAUUUAAAUUGUGAAACACUUAUAAAAUCAUUAAAUUUUUUGAAUGAUAUUAAUGUUAAUAUAUUAUGUGCUUCAACAUAUGAUCAUAAAAUUAUACUUUAUGAUAUGCGAUGUCAACCCAAACCUGUUUAUAUUUAUGAUCAUUAUAAAACACAAAAUGUUAUCGAAAAUAAAUAUAAUUAUUUUGAUCAUAACUAUUCAGAGAGCGACUUGGUUUUUACUAAUAUAUGUAAUACAUCCCAUAUAUAUUCUGAUGAUAUAGAUACAAAAACUUUAGAUAUGAAAGAUGAAAAAAUUAAAAAGGAAAAUUAUGAUAAGGAUGAAAAUAUAAGUGAUAACGAAAAUAAUGACGACCAGCAUAAUAAUUCUCAUAAAGAUGAUGAUCAACAUAUUCAUAAUAAUAAAGAUUCCAUUUAUAUCAAAUUUAAUACUAACCAAAUACAACUUCAAAAUUUAGAAAUUUUUAAUAAAUUCAAGGAACAAAAAAAAAACGAUAUACAACCAAUAAAAAAUAAAAAAAGAAAACUAACACAUAAUGACCAUUCCUUAAAAACAACUGAAAAAGAUAUAGUACUAUAUAAUAAAACGGAGGAUACAGGAAAAACUUAUUGCAUAAAAAAAUUCUCACAUAAUGAUAGUCAAACAAUUUAUGUUUCGGAUAAUUAUGGAAGUGUUUAUAGUUUUGAAAUAAUAACUGGUAAUAAACUAUUACAAUAUAUAUAUAGAAAAAAAUGUGCAAUAGAAAAAAUAACAUAUGACAAAAAAAGUGACAAGUAUUUAUUAAAAAUUAAAGAUAAAUUAUAUGAAUUUUAUAAAGAUUUUCAAAAUAAUAAUAAAACACAUAUGAGAAAUGAUUUACCAACUAUGUGGGCCAAAAAUGAUUUUGAUCAAUUCCAUAUAAAUCUUAUAAAAAAAAUUAAGCUUCAUAAUGGAGGUAUAUCCUUCUUGUUCUUACAUAAAAGAGGGAAAUUUCUGUGUUCAGCUAGCUAUGACAGAUUCAUAAUUAUACUUAACACAGAAACUAGAAAGGUUAUUAAAAGGAUACAUGUAGGGCAUGUUCUUACAAGUUGUUUAUUUCAUUCAAAAACUCUUGAAGAAAGUACACAUCCAAAAGGGGACAAUGAUUGUGUUAGUUGGGCUGAUUCAUCUGAGGAGGGAGAAGAAGAUGAUGAUGAGGAAGAUGAUGAGGAAGAUGAUGAGGAAGAUGAAGAGGAAGAUGGUGAGGAAGAUGAAGAGGAAGAUGGUGAGGAAGAUGGUGAGGAAGAUGAAGAGGAAGAUGGUGAGGAAGAUGAUGAGGAAGAUGAAGAUGACGAUGAUGAAGAUGACGAUGAUGAAAAUGACGAUGAGGAAGAUGAAGGAGAAGAUGAUGACGAUGAAUAA